CUCGACUAUCGAUCAGGUACAGGGUCUGUGGAACGACAGAACCAUGUUUUCUUCUCGUGUUCUCCAACGACGAGCAUCCGAUGAGUCCGAGAUUCGUCAGCCUAGAUGCAGACCCUUCGUGACGUGGAUUCACCGUCCUUUGCUCUCUGCAACACCGGCCCAAUCGUGAUGUCGAGGAUCCUGUCACUCUCCUCCACUAUUACAGUUUCCCUUCCUCCCCUGACCGCCGGUUCGGAAGCUGUGGCGUGCAACCCAUGGUAUAUCAAGGCGGCACUCGCCCCCAGGGGUACUAGCCCCCGGUGCCUCAACCUUAAGUUCUCAGUUUCCUUUCGACGUUCCUCCUCAUCCUCCCUCGCGCUUUCCAUCGGGACUUCGUCUGUUGCCAGCAGAAGCAUCUCUACGACCCAAGCGAGCCAUACGGCGUGAGCCCUAGCCCUGCCCACAGGGACCUUAUCAGCACCUGCCCGAAACUUCCGCGAAACCCCUCUGUUCUCUUUCUUCUCUUCCCCGACGCACACUCUUUUUUUGAUCUCACCACCGUUCUCCAAAACAAUGGCUGCGGUUGAUAUUCGCCCAGCUCAGCGGGACGGGCCGGCGCUCGAGGCCAUCACGGACGCCGUGGCCAUGGUCAACAUCCUCCGAGGGAUGGCGACCUCAGAGACGACGGCAUUCGACGCCGAGUCGCGCUUCGACAGCGACAAGGACAAGUCGGCAUUCCGGAAGUACGACGAAGCCUGCGACCGGGUCAAGGGCUUCUACGCCGAGCAGCACGCCAAGCAGACGGUGGCCCACAACCUGGCAGCCCGCCAGCGCUUCUACUCGCCCACGCGCAAGAGGCCCGAGAUGACGGUCUGGGAGGCCAUCGAGAAGCUCAACGCACUGAUCGACAACAGCGACCCGGACACGGAGCUCAGCCAGAUCCACCACCUGCUCCAGAGCGCCGAGGCGAUUCGGCGCGACGGCAAGCCCCGGUGGAUGCAGCUGGUCGGCCUGAUCCACGACCUGGGCAAGCUGAUGCUCUUCUUCGAUGGCUGCGCCGAGGGCCAGUGGGAAGUCGUCGGCGACACCUUCCCCGUCGGCUGCCAGUUUGACGAGCGGUGCAUCUACCCGGAAACAUUCAAGGCCAACCCCGACUCGAGCCACGAGGUCUACGGCACACGCUAUGGCAUCUAUCAGCCGGGCUGCGGCAUCAACAAUCUCAUGAUGUGCUGGGGCCACGACGAGUACCUGUACCUGGUAAUCAAGGAUCAGAGCACCCUACCCCCCGAGGCUCUCGCCAUGGUGCGCUUCCACUCCUUCUACCCCUGGCACAGGGAGGGAGCCUACAUGGACUUCAUGGCUGAGGGCGACGAAGCGCUGCUGCAUGCCGUUCGCGCUUUCAAUCCCUACGACCUCUACAGCAAGUCCGACGAAGUACCAAAAGUUGAGGAGUUGAAGCCAUACUAUCUUGAGCUUAUCGAUGAAUUCUUCCCUCAGAAGGUUAUUAAGUGGUGACUAGAUUUGGGCAUUCUGUUCAUGAUGAGGAUUGUUGGGACUGGGAACAAAUGGGAUAUCUCAGGAGGGAGCGACGCGUCAUUGUUUAGUCUAUGGAACGGGAUAGAUUCAUUCGGCAUCUCCGUCUUACCAGCCCAUGCUAUUGUUUGCUGCGACGAUUCACGAAUUCAACGAGUCUUCGAAAG